AUGGGCGCGGAGGGCGAGGGUAAGCGGACGUGGGACAUGGGCGUGAAUGGGGGAGGGGGUGGCGGUGGGUUGGCGGCCGAAGUCACCGAGUUCCGCGUUGUGUACUGGAGAUCCCGGACUCCGCCGCUCCUGCUCUUUGAUCUCAGAGGGCCGCCCCCCCAAGACCUGGGUCCCGACGAGGGCUCCGGUGCCGACGACAACCCCUGGGUGAGACUCAACUCUCAGUUAUAUCCUACGAACUCCCGUGACCUGACCUCCGUCAGCUCGUCCAUGGUGAGGGCAUCGUUCACGGAGUCCUACGCAGCCGCCGCCGCUGCCGCUGCCGGAGUCCUGCCGUCGACUGCUUCUGCCGCCGCCGCCGCCGCAGCCGCCGCAGCCGCGUAUCUUCACCCACAUCCGUAUCUGCACAAGCCUGAGGCGCAUUUUCUGUUUCCUGGUGCAGGUCUGGGGUUCGGCAGCCUCUUCGGCGGGAGCGAGGGCGCCCUGAAGGCAUGUCGGCGACGGAAAGCGCGCACCGUGUUCAGCGACCACCAGCUCGGAGGCCUCCGAGAAAAGAGAUUUUGCGCUCAGCGCCUACUCUUUUAUUUCGCCGCACGAGCGGUCGAGCUGGCCACGGCUCUUAACCUCUCGGAGACGCAGGUGAAGACGUGGUUCCAGAACCGUCGGAUGAAGCACAAGAAGCAACUCCGCAAGCACAACGACGACAAAGCGCCCGCCAGCAGCAACAGCAGCAACGACGGAGAAGGGCAGCAGCAGCAGCAGCCGCACCUUCAGCAGCAGCAGAGUCACCAGCUUGGCCCGGUGUCUCCGCUUAACAGUGGUAAGACGCUCGAAUUCUUUUUUCUUGAUGUUAUCCGGCGUCCCCUUGCACCACAGCGGCCCGAGAGAGCGACAUGUCACACUCCGAUUUCGAGGACGAGAUCGACAUUGUGGGCGUCCCCGCUGACCUCCGCCACGCCCACUCGUCGCAGACACACCAUCCACAAACCGCCCACUAGAGAACGGGAAGACCACGCUCUCACUCACGCAAGAUCCUCCACGUGGGCUUUCGUGCUCAGACGCUGCUGCGAAUCUUCAAGGGUCUAA